AUGGAUGCAUCACCCACCAAACCCCUCGAUCUAAAACAAAUUCAAGAUUUAGCUAACAAAAGUCUCGAUAAUUUCUCAAUGACCGACAGAAGUUAUGCGUGGUUAGCUAUGACUGGCUUCAUUCCUAAAGGUCUUGAUAAAUUCAAAGAUGAUUUGGAAACUCUUUUAUCUCAAUAUCACGAUUAUUGCGAUUUUAAUUUGACAAAGGAUUUUCAUACGCGACAAUACCCAUCGCACUUCCCAUCACAGAAAUUUGGACUUCAAAAUAAUGAUCUUAUGUCCAUAAUUCAUGGUGAUAUUGUAAGAACUGGCAGAUUAAUAUUUUUUUUAGAUCCCCUUCCUCUAGAAAAUUCUAAUAAAGCAGAGCGCACUGAAUUCUCUUCCCAAGGACAGCAGUACAUGGAUGAGCAAGAUGAUGUUUUAUCAAACUGGGAACAACAUAUGCGAAGAUUAGAGAGAAUUUUAUAUACAUUUGCAACACUCAAUACAGGAAUAAGUUACAUGCAAGGAUUUAACGAGCUUGUCUUCCCUUUUUACUAUGUUUUGACAAAAGGUUUCAAUUGGGUUGAUAAUUCUGUUGAGAUUUGCGAAUGUCUUGCAUUUAACUUGCUUCAGUGGCUGUUGACCAAUACAAAGAUAUACGAUUAUUACACAACUUCCGAUCAAUCAAUUAUUAUGUCUCAUCUCAAUGAAUUCGUCGAGUUACAGAAAAUCCACUUGCCAAGAGUAGCUAGAAUUAUUGAGAAGCAUAAUAUACAUCCUAUUUUUUACUGUAUUCGAUGGUUUUCUUUAUUAUUUUCUCAAGAGCACGAAUUGCCUUUCUUACUUGGUAUCUGGGACUCUCUUUUGAGCCAUGGUAAGAAGUUAAUGGAAUACGCCAUGUAUAUUGCCCUCGGCCACUUAAAAGCUGUUGAUGGGCUCUUAAGUGAGUCCGAUUACACUGUGACGAUCGAAACACUUCAGAAAUUUGAGGUAAGAAACCAGAUAAAGCCCCUUUUAGAAUAUGCUGCAAAAUGUUACGAAAAGGAUAACACUCAAACGAAAAAUCCUUUCGCUUAUGUUUUCCAAGCUUUCUUUCAGUAA